CAUUCUCGGGUCGAGCAUUACUGUGUCGUACAUUGCUGUGUUGGGCAAUAUAGGGACUCAAAAAUAGUCUAGGUUUAUUUUCUUAACUUUGUUUGCAGCUACGUCAGGUAUGCUAAGCUCAGGUAGCUUAGUUUCGCUUACGGUGUGACCUGCGCUUAAAUGACAACCACAAAAAUAAGAAAGAUAUACGAAAACCAACUGUGAUAACCUCCAAAUGUCAAUGCUAACUGCGUUACACUUAUCUAAAUACACUGGACCCAAGCACUCGGCCACUGUCAUAUAUUUUCAUGGGUCGGGAGGAAAUGGUCGUGAUAUGAAAGAAUGGGUAAGACUGAUGGUCAAAAACUUCACAUUUCCACACAUCACUGUAUUGUACCCUACAGCACCAAUUCAGCCUUAUACACCUGCUAGUGGUCAAAGCAAUACUGUAUGGUUCGACCGUGCUGAUGUAUCUAAACAUGUAGCUGAGAAGGUCGAUUCUAUAGCCAAAAUAGAAAUCGAAAUAAAGAAGAUGAUUGAGAAGGAAAAUGAAGCUGGAAUACCAAGUAACAGAAUUAUUGUUGGCGGGUUCUCAAUGGGUGGCGCAUUAGCAAUGCAUACAGCAUUUAGAUGGGAUCGAAAUUUGGCGGGAGUUUUUGCAUUUAGUUCAUUUCUAAAUGAUAAAUCAAUUGUGUUUGAUGACCUAAGAAAUAGCCCCAGCGACAAAUUACCGCCGAUUCUUCAGAUACAUGGAGAUAGUGACGAUUUGGUGAAUUUGGAUUGGGGUCGGAGCACCUUCAAUGAACUAAAAUCUCUCGGUGCUCAAGGCGAAUUCCACGUCAUGGAGCGGUUAGGACAUUCAAUUAACAAACAAGGAAUGACUAUCAUAAAAGAAUGGAUAGAAAAACUACUACCUGAAGUGUAAUUAGCUAAACUGAAAAGUUCAAUUGAACUGCGAGCUGACUUAAGAAAUAGAAUUAGAUAUUAUAUUGUGAUAUUGUAAGACCAAGGACUU